UCGACGGCGCCGUCGUUACGUGUUUUCUCCAAUUCGUGUCACAUUUUAUUGAGUCAUUCGUUUGUUCCGUGGCCAGAUAUCUCACGCAGGAUUUGUCGGAGACGGGGAAGCAGACAGCCUCCCAACAACACGUUUGACUGUUUUCCCCUUGACUCGUUUUCCGUCGGCUGUGCGACGCGGGGGUUUUGCAGGAACAUACUGCACCUUUACAUCCGAAAGUUCAUCAUCUGCUCGCUCAAGCGGACGGAAUUGUGUGAAUGACUUGAAAGCGGAUUUUCAGGACUGGACGUAUGUGAAGUGACUCGGACCCCCCCCCCACUCCCCCCUCAAAAAGUGGACGAAAUAAGACAUUUUUACCCUCCUUCUCCAACCAAAUAAUGAAUCUAUGAUGAGUUACAUUUGCAACAUGGCUGCUCCCGGGACGGCGGUGAGAAAAGUUUAAGCGCCUAUAACGUAGGGAGAAGUUUUCAUAUUGAAUGUGUGAUGGUUGCAUGACUUGUUGGUCCGAUUUAGAAAGUGAGCCGUAGCGCCCCCCCCACCCAAUCUGGGCCACCUCUUUUCCACGGACUUAAACUGGAGCACGGCCGUUUCAGCCGAGGAGUUCACGUCUGAGACAGGCUUUCAGGAUCGUCUGUCAAUGCAGAUCUGAAUUAAGACUUUCUCUUAACGUUUUCUGCAAAUUUGCGAUCUGACACCCAGAAGUCUGCCUCUGACCUAAAAUGCAUUUUUCUAUACCCGAGACGGAGGUUCGUUCGGGAGAAAAUGGAUCAACUUAUGUGGCCUAUAAUAUCCAUGUCAAUGGUGUGCUGCACUGUCGAGUGCGCUACAGUCAACUCCUUGGCCUUCAUGAACAGAUAAAGAAGGAGUAUGGCAGCAAUGUGGUGCCUGCUUUCCCUCCAAAGAAGAUUUUCACGCUAACUCCUGCCGAGGUAGAGCAGAGAAGAGAACAGCUGGAGAAAUACAUGCAAGCUGUGCGUCAGGACCCGCUGCUUGGAGCCAGUGAGCUAUUCAACAGUUUUUUAAGGAAAGCCCAGCAGGAGACCCAGCAGAUCCCCACAGAAGAGGUCGCUCUAGACAUCUCCCUCUCCAAUGGUCAGAAGGUUACAGUCAACAUCUUGACCUCGGACCAGACGGAAGAUGUCCUUGAGGCUGUUGCAGCGAAGCUUGACCUUCCAGAUGACCUUGUUGGUUAUUUCAGCCUCUAUCUCGUUCGGGAAAGUGUGGAUGGGGGUUUAACAUUUGUGCGGAAGCUGCAGGAGUUUGAGCUGCCGUAUGUAUCUAUCACAAGCCUGCGGAACUCCGAGUUUCACAUACUCUUGCGAAAAAGCUACUGGGACACAGCGUACGAUAGUGAUGUAAUGGAAAACAGAGUCGGCCUGAACUUGUUAUAUGCCCAGACCAUGUCUGACAUUGAGCGAGGGUGGAUUCUUGUCAACAAAGAGCAGCAAAGACAGCUCAAAUCGCUGCAGGAGAAAGGCUCCAAAAAAGAGUUCAUCCGUCUAGGUCAGACACUCAAAUAUUAUGGUUAUAUCAAGUUCGACCCUUGCAUCACUGACUUCCCUGAGAAGGGCUGCCACGUGAUAGUCAGCGCCGGCAACAACGAGCUCAACUUCCAUGUCAAGCUCCCCAACGAACAGAUGAAGGAGGGGAGCUUCAAGGUCACGCGCAUGAGAUGCUGGCGGGUCACCUCCUCUCAAGUCCCAGUGGCUAACGGCACAGCCAAUCCCUGCAGCUCCGUGAAGUGCGAGGUCAAACUGGAGUUGGCCUUUGAGUACCUGAUGAGCAAGGACCGCCUCCAGUGGGUCACCAUCACCAGUCCACAGGCCAUCAUGAUGAGCAUCUGCCUUCAGUCUAUGGUAGAUGAACUAAUGGUGAAGAAGUCGGGUGGCAGCAUCAAGAAGAUGCUGAGGAAACGUCUCAAUGGCUCCAUCCACCGGUCAGAAAGUCAGCAAGCUGUGAAAUCUCCCCCUCUACUGGACUCGCCUGACCCAAACCGCGAACAGAUCGUCAAGCUGUCUACCAAGCUGAGUUCAGUGUCGCUCCGAGGGAUCAGUGCCUCCAACUCUGCAAAUGAUAUCAGUGGCAACGAUUUCCACGGCAACUACGCGUUCGAGGGAAUCGGGGACGAUGACCUGUAACCCUAGCAUCCCCCCCCUCCCCCGCCGCCUCCAUUCCACUCUCAAUGAUUGGGACAACAGAGAUUCCCAGCUGAGCUGAGCCAAGCCUAGCGGAACAAAGGUGUCCGUUUUUGCAAGAUUGUAGCUUCCUCGUGGAGAAUUUGCUGCCUUAAGCUCACGUUUAAUCUUUGACUGUCUUUUUUUUCUUUUUUUAAAAUUUUUUCAUUCAUUCAACAUUUCAUCUUGAUUUGCUUUUAAGUCAGUUUAUUUUAUUCAAUUUAAACUUUAAUCCCUAUAUUUAGAAUAUAUGACAUCAUCUAAACAUCGUGUAAACUUUUAAAUAUCAGAAUAAGGAUGCAUUAUUUUGCAUUGCAGAAAUCGGUGUUCUUUCUAGAGAACCGCACACAUAUUACAGUCUUUAUGAAUUCCUAAUUUUUUUAUUUUUAUUUUUUUCACUGCACAUGGGUUACUGAUUAGCUGUCAUUAUGGGUGAACUUCCAUAAUGGAUUUGAACUCUACAAAGCAUUCUGACAUGAUGGAAAUGUAAACACAUGAAGAAAAUGGGUUGAAUCUUGAAGUAUGCCUUUUGGUAAGCCGCAUAUCCCCUUCUAACCAGAGGCAAAUGUCGAAUAAGACCUGGCACUAGUGAUAAUACAGCACAACUGGACUUGGAUAGUUCAAUGUAAAUUAUCUAGAAUCUAAUGAAUAUGGUAAAAUAAAUCUCAGUUGUGUUGUUAAAAUCGCUGACUAUUCAUAAAAGCCAGCUUAACUACACAGAAGAUAUGUGUGACUUGGCUAAUAUACCAAAAUAUUAAUAGGGGGGUAUGCUCGAAGGCAAUAUCCAGUUUUCAUGCUGUCAGCAAUCCUCCAUUUGUCAGGCUUUUCUUGUGCCAAGCUAGUAAUAGGUUUUGCUUCACAAUAUUACGAUUACGAUGGUGUUUUGAGUAGAAUUUUCUCACACAUGUUUGAGGCAUGAACUCGCUCUGCCUUUGGAAAUUAGUACAAUGCCUUAACUUCUCUUUCCUUUUUGCCAUGUUUCCUCAUUUGAGAAGAAAUGAGGAGGUAACGCCAUUCAUUGAAGCUGUAAAUUGUAGUUGGUUGUGGCUGGUGUUACCUAGAAACUUCCAGAGCAUCACAGGUUGAUUUGGCUGAGCUUCUUGCACUUGCUGAACCCAUAACUUUUUGCACAGUAUUGCAGGCAGAGACGGAUAUUUAUUAAAUGAAAGAUUGAGCAUGACAACAUUGUGUGGAAAUUGCCAUGGGGCUGUUUAAUUCCAUCGUUCUUUUUAUUCCUCAACCAUUUUUAAGGUUUCUCAUAAUGCCAAAAUUAUAGUUUACUAAAGCAUUUUGCACAAAAGAAACAUUAAAAAUAUGAUAUUGUCACUUUUAUAUUAUGUACAUGCAAUUAAGAAAAAGUAUUCUGAACAUUUACUAAUAUCUGUAUAAUCAAUAGUUUAUUGUAAUCAAAAAGGAUCAAAUGUAAUCUAAGCUGUAUAGAACAAAAAAUGAUUAAUAGAACUAACAUUAAUCAUUGUUUACAGAAUGUUUAGGGGACUUUUCUGUUUAAACGAAAAGUGUUUACAAAUUCCACAUGUGAUUUGUAUUGAUUGUCUUAUUCGUUCUGGGCUAGUAUCGGUGUUAAUGCAUUUUGUCAUUUUUAACUAAAGUGAUUCAAUCAUCUCAGAGGAUUUAGUUAAAGGUGCUUCGUGGAAAUUGCUGGUUAGAUCGUAACUGCUGGUUUGAUCUCUGAGCAAAGGUUAUGGAAAGCUGCAAACAAAACUGAACCUAUCCUACUAUAUUUUGUAUUAGUCGUUAUUCCAGGCUGCAUAAAUCCAUUGCCUUUGCUGUUGUUGUCGGCGAAGACGCGGAAAAACUGCAUCUCAAAAGUAUUCUGAAACCUUCAAAUGUAAACUGAUGCCACCCCAUCGACUGUACUCUCCUCGGUAGCUAGAACUGUAAAUGACAAAUGUGUUAAAAUGGAAAUGUAUUGUUCUCAUGGUAUUAAGCCUCUGGGUGUACGCAGUUGGGCAUGAAAGAGCAAAGGCACAAGAUACAAUUGUCAGUAAAGAGGCCUAUUUUGAUCAAUUUUUGUCUCUAUAUUACAGAACAAAUAGAUGGAAGUUGCAAACUCUUGGGUGUCAAUAAAUGUAGAGGUG